CCAGUGAUUUAUUAAUCAACACGAAUGAGAAGCCUCGAGCUUCCUGCCCGGCAUAUUUUUAGUUUUUUUCUUCCAGAUUGACUGGGAUCUUGUUCUUUCAUAGAUCUUUCCUUCAUUCAGCUUCUAAAAAGUCUUAAGUCUUGAUCUGUUUGUGAGCAUCUCGGUGCUCAGCACUGUGCCAAAAGAAAAAAACGCCUGGAUCUAGAUGAGCUCUGGAACAACAACAACAACAGAGACGUUACUAUUGACAGGAACAGCUGGAUGAUGAGUGCUGCUGAGACUAAGUCGACUCUGGAGUCCAGACUGGACGCCCUGCAGAGCCACUUCACCUGUGACCUGGUCUGUGAAAAGUCCAUCCUUGUCCGUCUCAGGGACAAACUGAAGGACAUCGGCACCGAUGAAAGGAACUUCUGGCUGGGUCAUGUUUACAACCUGCAGGGGUUCGUCCACUAUCACAUGGGAUUAGUUGAAGAGGCCCGGAGUUUCCUCAGCAAGGCCACCGAGGCUUUCCAUCAGAUUAGGAAGGGGGACUCAGAUGAGGGUCCCUGGUUGUUGGUGAACUAUGGGAACCUGGCUUGGCUGCACCACUACCUGGGUGAGGAUGAGGAGAGUGAGUCUUACCUGUCAAAGGUGGACGCCCUCAUGAAGGAGUACCCAUCUCCAUCCGAGGACGAGCUCCACCCAGAGGUCUACGCUGAAAAGGCCUGGACCCUGCUGCAUUUUGGCAAAGACCAGAAGAAACAAGCUGCAGAUUAUUUCCAGAGAGCCAUCAGGAUGCAGCCGGACAUGGUGGAGUGGCAGACCAGCUACGUCCUGGGGUUGGUGAGCGCUUCUGACCAUGAGAAGGGCCUGAGCGGAGGCCUCUUGGAGAAACUGCGAGCAGCGAGGGAGAAGGAUCCAGAGAACAUGUACCUCGCUGUUCAAUGUCUUGAGCAAAAGGCAAAGGAACAAAAGGAAGGAGAGGACAUAAAGACUGAGGUUCGUGAGCUGGCUGAAAAGAUUUCAAUGAAUCCUGUCGGCAGCUACAGUGGUAUUAAACCAAUACUGAGGCUCUACAACGUACACAUUUCCCAUGAUCACGCCAUUAUUCUGGCAGAGGAGGCUCUGAGGAAGCAUCCAGACGAUCGCUACCUGAAGAGGUGUGCAGCGCUCUGCUACAAAUGGAAGAUCAUUAUCGAGAAGGACACACUCCCAACGAAAAGCAUGAUGGACAGAACCAUCAGUCUCCACAAGGAACUGAUCUCGCUUUAUCCCGACUCUGCUCUGGUGAAGAAGAUUGACCUUGCUAAUAUUUACGCCAAAUCAAGUGAGGGUCUGCACAAAGCGAAGCAGAUCUACCAGGAGCUGCUGGAGAAGGACCUGGAGCCCUUAGAGAAGCAGAUGCUCUACAACCGCUACGCCAAAUACUUAUACUUCAAACGCAACGAGCACAACAUUUCGAUAGAUUAUCACAUGAAGGCGGCUGAGAUACCUCACCAGAGCUUCAAUCGCAACAGCAGCAUCAAGACGUUGGAGAAGAUCCUGAGACGAGGAGAGAACCGACGGUGCAGCGAGAUCAAGAAGUUUCUGCAAAACCUGCAGGACUAUGAUCCUGUUGAAGCUUUUAAUGGAAACAGCCCAAACUAAGAAACAAAGUGAAGGGUUUGCACCACUGAAAAAAAAAAAAAAAUCUAUACUUGAAUUAAGUCUAAUAAUAAGGGGGAUGUUUGUAUUAAUUUGAAUUUUAAAUGAAAACAUUGAGCUAUCAUUAAAUGAUUCACGAAUUGCACCUUGAUGCACUUUAACAGUUUGCUACUGAUAUAAAUAAAUCCUGGUAAUGCUUUA